AGCUGCUCUGGAUGUCACUGGAGGACCUGGAGGGGGUCUCCAAGCCCAGGACCCUCCUCCACAAUGUGGCUUCUCCUUGCUUUCGUCUUGCUGGUGGUGUCUGCAGCUCAGGACGGUGACAAGGUACUGGAAGGCGAGGAGUGUGUACCCCAUUCACAGCCGUGGCAAGUGGCCCUCUUCGAGCGUGGCCGUUUCAACUGUGGCGCUAUCCUCAUCUCCCCACGCUGGGUGUUGACCGCCGCCCACUGCCAAACCCGCUUCAUGAGAGUGCGCCUGGGCGAGCACAACCUUCGCAAGCACGAUGGCCCAGAACAAGUGCGCACCGUCUCUAGAAUCAUCCCACACCCGCGCUACGAGGCUCGCACCCAUCGGCAUGACAUUAUGCUGUUGCGACUUCUCCAACCUGCCCGGCUAUCAUCCCAGGUGCGCCCUGUGCCUCUGCCCACGCGUUGCCCCUUUACUGGCGAGGACUGCGUGGUGUCAGGCUGGGGCCUGUUAUCAAACAACAAGCCUGGAGCCACAGAGAGUCACAAGUCACAAGUGAGACUCCCCGACACAUUGCACUGUGCCAACAUCAGCAUUAUCUCCGAAGCAUCGUGCAACAAGGACUACCCGGGUCGAGUGUUGCCCACCAUGGUGUGCGCUGGUGUAGAGGGCGGUGGCACCGACUCCUGUGAGGGUGACUCUGGAGGACCCUUGGUCUGUAGGGGUGCCCUGCAGGGCAUCGUAUCCUGGGGUGAUGUUCCCUGUGAUACUACCACCAAGCCUGGCGUCUACACCAAAGUCUGCAGCUACUUAAAGUGGAUCCGGGAAAACAUGAAUAGGAACUAACUCAUUGGCCCACAACUUAGGUCCCUCACUGACCACCUGGGACCCUGACCAAGAAUCCCCUAUAGUUGGUCAGCAACCCCAUUCCUACCAGAGACAGAGCUGAGCCCCUCUGCACACUGCUAGCCAGGGAUCCUCUCCUCCUAAGGUCACCUGCUUAUAGCAUCAAGAAAACUUUUCCUAGCACUCUCGAGGCAGAGGCAGGCAUAUCUCUGAGUUCAAGGCCAGCCUGGUUUAAAGAGUGAGUUCCAGGACAGCCAGGGCAACAGAGAGAAACCCUGUCUCAGAGAAAAAAGAAAGAAAGAAAAUAAAUAAAUAAGGAAGAAAGGAAGGAAGGAAAGAAAGAAAGAAAACAGCUGACCCAACUUUCUCUGUGGAUAUGACUUUCUUUAAGGUAUGAUGGGAAAUGGAUGGGGGGUUAGGAUAUAAAGUCUACUGUUCUGUGUCACCUAAGGUCCCCUUCCCUGGUCUAGAGACCAUUACUUUGCUCAUUUGGACCAGAUGUUAGAUGUUAGAUCAGGGGCAUGACCUCCCUCAUUCUUGGUUUUAACAUCUGUGAAAUGGGUCACCAUAAUACUUAUCUCCCACGGUGUCUGUAAAGA